AUGAUUACAGAAGAUGUAGCGCUGUCGAAGAACCUACAGGUCUGACAGUAUCCCCACAGUAACCUUAUUUUCGUCUCCUUUCAGGUUAACGUCAACGGAAGACUGACAGAUUUGAUGGUUUUGCGCGGAAAUCAAAUUCCGGAGGAGCUGCAAUCGAUGGUGACUGCCAGUUACGAGUUCAGAAAGGACAAGGACCAGAAGGUGUGUCGGGACACCAUUCCAUUGCAAGUGUACCGCCUCUGUUCUGUUUCAGAACUAGCUGAAACAGUCUUCGGUCUUGCUUAACUAAUAGUAGCGUUUUUUCAAUUUCUAACUGCCCUCGGCUCCGUUCAUAACAUUCACGACACUCAGAGCCUCGGACUGACGCACCGCCUCGGAAUGGUGAUCCGCGUGGCGUACACGAGUCCGUUCAAAGGACUCCUUCUGCCGGGAGACCUGAUUCUGAAGGUGAACGGCACCGAGAUGGCCUUCGAAGAACGGUGUGCGGAGGAAAAGACCGCCGCGCCGAGCACGCAGAACAGCAAAAUGAAGAAGCCCGUCGCGCCGGUUACGUCGUGAGUUUUAUGUGUCAAGAACCCCACAAAGGACACAACUUUGGCAGAUAUCCGUAUAUUUAUCUUCCUCUUUUUUCCAGAAAAGCGUCAAAGUCAGUGACCGGAUCGAAAGAGUUUAAUAAGUUUGUGGAGAAACUGUUUGCGACGAAGGAAGAAGUCGUGAAAGUGGACGUCACCGUCGCCAGACUCAGAACCCGAAUUCAGAAGUUUAUAAUGCCGCGAGGUCACAUACUCCUAUGAGAUUCCAUUCAAUUUUGACGCUUUCAGAAAACAUUGAAAUCACGUCCGGUUGCACGUACGAAAAAGUGAUAAUAUUCCAGUACAAGUACCUGAAACUGGGCCUGAGCAUGCAUCAAGUCGGCCAGAGGGUCGUUGUCAACUACACCGUCCCCGAGUCGGUUUCGCAGAUUUCCUUGAACGUCGGAGAGACCGUUUUGAUGACGGACGAACGAGUUGUGAGCACUUUGGACCACUUCAAAGAAGCGAUGAUCUGUGGAAUCAGAUCUAAGGGUUUGCCGAUUAUGCUUUCAUUGCAUCUGAGCAUUGAUUCACAGGCUUUGUCCGUCUGAUUGUCGAGAUUCCGGUAACGGAUCCGCUGAGAAACCAGAUCAGAAACCAGUUGGCGGUCAGUUUGCAAAAAGGACGGCUCUUCAAAUGAAUCACUUUUGCAGACGGCCGCGAAAGAGACGGAACGCCCGUCGUACGCGCAGUUCGAUGACGUCAAAAAGUUCGUGGAGGAGGGCAUCGCGGCGCUGAAAAAAGCGAAAGAGCCGCGUGGAAUUUGGAAGGAGACGAAGGAGAGCGACGGGAAGGAGGUGGAGAAGAAGAAGAGCACGCGGAAGGCGGAUCAGAAGUGAGCACGGGGGGUACGGUAGAUUCGGUUGAGUACAGUAAUCCUGUUGCAGAGAAGGCGUCGUCGCAUUCAAUGAGAAGACCGAGGAACACGGCAUUCCGAGCGAAUGGAACACUCAACUCUUCGUCAAGGUUUGCUCGUUUCACUCUUCUUUUUUUUACUGAAAAUGGACUUUUAGAUGCUUCCUCCAAAGACGAAACAAACGGAAAUGUCGACUGGAAGCACUCUGAUCGCAGCGUUCCCCAAAAAGUGA